UUGCAUAAUUUGACCACCAUGUGGGAAACCAUUGUUAUCAAUCCCAAACUGGACAGAUGGGUAGUGACAUGCUUUCAAACGUGGACUGGAGGUCUCGGGUAUAAAUGCAGGGGUAUCUUGGCGUAGAGUCAUUCCUGCAUUUCGCCUGAAAACCUCUCUGUCUGUUUUUGAAGGUCGUGUUCCAUGCAUUUUAACCGAAACCCGCGCCCACAUAUAAAAGCGCGGGUGUUUCACGGUGGGUUUCCCCGCGCAAGACACUUACAGACAUCGGACUUACGAUGGAUCUCUCCAAAAUCACCGUUAUAUUAUUGUGCGCUUUCUGCCCAGCUCAAGGGUGGUUCUUCAGUGCCUUUAAGACCCGACGUGUGUGUUAUGAAGGCUACAAGCUUGGGUGUUUUUCUGCGGCCGCUCCCUACACGAACACUAACUACCUCCCCCGUUCACCGGACAGCCUGGGGGUCAAGUUCAAGUUCUUCGCCAGCCCCACCAUCUAUCACACACUGGACCUCAAGUACAACCUCCGGAGACUACAGUCGAGGAACGUCUUCCGGCCAGAUCUGCCCACCAAGGUCAUCAUCCACGGCUUCAAUGACAGGGGAGAUAACCCAUGGGUCAAAAAUAUGGUAAAGGAACUAUUGAAAAAGGGUUCAAUGAACGUUGUGGUAGUUGACUGGAGAAAAGGGGCCAGUGCUUUCGACUACCAGCAGGCCGUUGCCGAUAUCAGAGUCGUUGGCGCCAUGACAGCCAGACUGCUCACCAAACUUCAGGAACAAGGCGCAGACUCGGCCACCUUCCACCUGAUUGGCCACAGUCUCGGCGCUCAUGUCGCAGGGUAUGCCGGGAGAAGGAGCACAGACACCGGACGAGUCGGACGCAUCACGGGGCUGGAUCCCGCUGGGCCGUCAUUCGAGGAUACGAACCCCACAGUGAGGCUGGACCCCACUGACGCCGUCUUCGUGGACGUCAUCCACACCGACACAGAGCCGUUAACACGAAUGGGCAUGGGCAUCAAACAGUUGAGCGGCCACGUGGACUUUUACCCUAAUGGCGGCGUAGACCAGCCCGGAUGUCCCGCCCACAUCGCCCACAUGCUUGUGACGCUCCUGUCGGGGCAAUCAACUUUCAUUGGAUCGUUUGCCUGCAGUCAUAUGAGAGCGGUUUACAUAUUCACCGAGUCAAUUAACUCCUUGUGUCAAUUCAAGGCUACCCGAUGUCCAUCAACCAAAAAUAUUACCCACAAUGCCUGUACCGGAUGUCCUGAAACCGGAUGUCCACGAAUGGGUUUCUACGCAGACUCAAACAAAAGCCCUGGAAUAUAUUUCACAUCAACACACGAUAAAGCACCAUUUUGUAUAUGAUCACUAGUAUCUUAGAAAUAUGAACAUUAACAUAUACGCAAAACGUACAAAUGUCCCAUUUAGGCUUCAUGAUCUUAAAACUGCUUCAGUAUGACAUAAGUAUAGUAAUAAUUCAUAAUUAUAUCACUUAGUGUUCAUUCCUAAUUAUUGUUUGGUUGGAGGUUGGAUUUUCAUUUAAAUCUUUUUUUCUGUUUUCAUGCUUCGUUGGAAAAGAUUGACCUCAAUGUUUUUUACCUUAUUAACAAAACAGACCCGUGUUACAAAGUAGACACAAUUUAUGGAUAACAACUUCUGUUUUUACUGUAAAGGCGACGUUUCGGAAUAGAUCAUUCAGCCUUUGUCAAGCAAGCAAGCUGUAAAGGCGAUGUUUCGGAAUAGAUCAUUUAGCCUUUGUCAAGCAAGCAAGCUGUAAAGGCGAUGUUUCGGAAUAGAUCAUUCAGCCUUUGUCAAGCAAGCAAGCUGUAAAGGCGAUGUUUCGGAAUAGAUCAUUUAGCCUUUGUCAAGCAAGCAAGCUGUAAAGGCGACGUUUCGGAAUAGAUCAUUUAGCCUUUGUCAAGCAAGCAAGCUGUAAAGGCGACGUUUCGGAAUAGAUCAUUUAGCCUUUGUCAAGCAAGCAAGCUGUAAAGGCGACGUUUCGGAAUACGGAUCUACACCGAAACGUCGCCUUUACAGUAAAUAUGGAAGUUGUUAUCCAUCCGUCAACUUCUAAAUAAUGCCUAACAAAGUAUCGACCCUUGAUAUGCGAAACACAAAUAAAAUAUGCAAAUUCAAAA